AUGCGGUCUUCUGUUUCUUCUAGUGUCUCUUCCUUUCAAGACGCUGAGCCUGACAAUGGCGAGACGCAUGAUGUAGCUCCUGCUCUUCCACAAGCCCGUCGCCCUUCAGAUUCUGAUAGUGGCGAAUCGGAAAAGGGUUUGAAGCGAAAGCUUGCUGACCGUGGCACGAGUCAGGGGCCGGAAAACCUAGUGCCUUUGCCCUCUGCCGAGCCUACCAAGCGUCCUAGAGAUGAUACCAACAAAGAUGACAACCCUCGCGAAUCAAAGAGACCGUCACCUCCUCCCGAACAAAAACCUGCAGCAGCAGAGACAUCUGCACUCAAAUUCGGAGGAUUUAUGGCCUAUGCUGCCGCAGCAUCUCCAUUUGCUGCUGUCAAAGGUCAGAAUAUAUUUUCAGGAGCUAGUUCCAGCACGUCCAAAAAGUUGUCUGUUUCGCCAUCGCCAUCACCUUCACCUCUGCCGACGAACAAUGCCCCUACACCCUCUCCGUUUGCGAGCUUCGCCUCCUCGCAGUGGUCGGUACAGCAGACGCCGGCGAGCACCGCGACCAAGCGUACGGGCUUCGAAGCCUUUAUAAGCUCCGCUUCUCCCUUUGCGACAGCAGGUGUUUCUGCUCUCCCUUCACGACCCAAAUCACCAUUACGUGCCAGCGGAAAAAGCGCACUCGGAAGGAGUAGGUCGCCCCCGAGACGUGCUCCUCUCAGCAUGGCCAGUGCAUUCUCAUCAUAUGCCAGUGGUGGCGUGCAAGCUUUGUUUGCUGCGCCCCAUCCCAAGCGUGCAAGGGCAGAGUCGCCCAACGGGGGGUCGUCGCGGAGUUCUCUUGAACGGACAAGCAGCACUAGACUGAAUGUAUUGGAUUCAGCAUGGAAUGGAAGCGCAGAUGAGAGCGGAAGCGGAGAGGAAGACGAUGAUGAAGAAAAUGAGAGACCACCUUCAACAUUUGGUGAGAGACUCCGUGCAGGUAGGGAUGACGAAGAAGAUGAGCCCGAUGAGGAAAAAGAGCGAGAGAAGCUUCAAGAACAGGACGUUAUAACUGGCGAAGAGGAUGAAGAGACAAUACACCACGUGCGCGCCAAGCUCUAUGCCCUAUGCCCCCAGAAUCAGUGGAAGGAGCGAGGGACUGGCCUUCUCAAGCUCAAUGUCCGACGUUCAGAUGGUGGUGGUGCUCGUCUUUUGAUGCGCAAAGAAGCAGUCUACACAGUUAUACUGAAUGUUACACUCUUCUCCGGAAUGAAAUGCUUUAUUGCACAGGAUCCAAGAUAUAUCCGGUUGAGCGUUAUCGAAGAUGGGGUCACGAUACAUUACAACCUCAGAGUUUCAAACGCGAAGAUUGCACAAGAUUUGCUAGAGGAGAUCAAGUCGAAUAUUCCAGCUUGA